UUUAUUUUGAAUUGGGCAACGGAUUCCCUUCUCCUUCGCAUGCACAAGUCGAAAUUCUCCGAUGGCCGGACUUGCAAAUCCACCUCGACCGCCGCCACCGCCACCAAUGGCGCCGAGGAAGAGAAAAAGAGUUCCGGAAAUUCUGUGGAGACUGUUUGGAAACCGUGCUCGUACUCUCGCUGACACAAUCCUGGCUCUGAUCCCUCCUCCGCUGCCCGCCUGCCGCUCCAAGCGGUGCCGCUGCCUCUACUGCUGCAGCUGCGACAAAGCCAUGUCAUUCCUCGUUAGAUCUCGAGAUUCGCUGGACUACCGUAAGCUCCUUACCGAAAGCUUCGUGGUUGUCUCCGACGACGCCCCUCCCCAUCCCGUCUUCGACCAUCACUGCCGCCAAUCGCAACUUCAGAUUGUGAGAAGAACGAUUGAAAUGAUACUGCAUGAACAACCAUCUCCCUCAAAUCUUAUAUGCUUCAGUUAUGAUAAAGAAAGCCAGUCUAGUCCUGCGGUUGAUGAACUGACAUCCUCAAAGUGGGCCCUCCUCUCGAAGAGGGUUGGUGAUGCUCUGAUGACGUAUCUGUUGAAGAAUACUUCUAUAUUUCUUCCUCUCCCUCGGAAUAAGCACCAUCAGAUUUCUGGUUGUCCCGUUGGCAAUUUGUGCUCCAAGGUCUCAAGAAACAUGCCUAAGUUUGGAGCUCAGCAUCAACCACCAGCACAUACAGAAUACAAGGUUAAGAGGCAAAGGGCCGAGGGACCAAGGAAACAGCUACACCCAUGCACUUUUGGUUCUGAGCCUUCUUCAAACUGUACUAGUUUUGCCGCAAGCAAUGGGUCUAGUUAUGUUUCUGAAGAACUUCCUCAUCUACAAAAUGAACGAAGCGCUAAGCAAAAUACUGUUAAGCCUCGGAAGCGUAUGCGGGAGCAUAGCUGGCAGCGUAAAAGAAAGCGUAGGCAGUUGGCUGUUUCUGGAAUGCCUUCUUUGUUACCAUCAACAGGAAAUAGUAGUACCAGUGAUGACUUAGCCCUCAUCUCAAGAUCAAGUGGAAAUGACAUUAUGCAUGCAGGGUCUACUUGUGUUUCUGAAGAACUUUAUCACAUACAAAGUGAAGGGAACUGUAACCAAAACACUGUUAAGUCUCGCAAGCGUAGACGGGAGUAUCGCUGGCAGCGUAAAAGAAAGCGUAAACAGUUAGCUGUUUCGGAAACACCUUCUCUGUUAACAUCUAGAGGAAGUAGUAGUGCCAGUGAUAACUUAUCCGUCAUCUCAAGUUUAAGGCAAAAUGACAUGGGUAACAUGGCCCAUUUCUUUUGUCAUUUGGUUUUCCAAAAUCAACCAAGGAUGAAGGGAAAUGCUGAGAUUGAUAGAAGGAACAUAUUCUAUAGGAUAGAGAAUUGUUCAUCAAUGUUUCCAAGGAAGCACAUUUUGCAUACUCUAAAGCCUGAUGAUUCUGGAGCUUCCAUUUUGUUCAAUAAUAUCUUUGAAGCAUUUGGUCCUGACAAAAUUUCUGGGAGCACGCCAUGCUGUCACACCAAAAAUGAUUGUCCCGUCAAUUCCACAUGUUUGUAUCAUUCCCUUAAAAUGCUGCUAAAAAAUCUUAUACGCGAGAGUCGAAAUUGUAGACAUGUGAGGCUGUUGGAGAAACACUGUUCUGUAGGAUCCUCAUACCAAGAUGCUAGUAGGGGAGCUGGCACUGGGCUUGAGGUUGCUAUAGCCAAAAAUAGGACUAUGAUUCAAGAAAUCAAUGCUGCUAAAGCUGGACCGAUUAUGUGUUGUCUCAAGAAUCAGGUAGUAUCAUUCAUUUGGGCAAUUUGUAGGAGAAUAGUCCCUCCACCAUUGCUGGGAGAACGAUCUAACUGGAGAUGCCUGAGAAGAAACAUCUCAAAGUUCAUUUGGCUACGGAGAUUUGAGAAGUUCUCAUUGAAGGAAUGUAUUUACAGAUUAAAAAUAUCGAAGUUUCCCAUCUUUUCAAAUAAGCACAAUGCGUUUACCGCUCUUGGUAUCACAGAUAUUUCCAGACAUGCGAUCCUUGAAUGCUGGAUGCUUUGGUUUUUUACGCAUAUAGUAUCACCACUGGUCCAAGCCAACUUUUAUGUUACAGAAAGUGAGCAUGAGAAGCAGGAGGUACUAUAUUAUCAAAAAUCUACUUGGGAGAAAUUGAUAAGAGAAAAUGAGUGCAUGAUUGAUGAUCGGUAUCGCCUACUAGAUUACAACUCUGCUAGAAACAUAUUAUGGAAGAGAUCUUUUGGUUUCUCUAGGUCAAGACUACUUCCCAAGGGUAAGGGAUUCCGAAUGUUGACUAAUCUUCGAGCACCAUCAAGAUUUCCCGUAGACGCACCUUCUAGAAUUCAGUCCAAUCAAACAUCAUGGAGAAAAGCAUCUAGCAAACGCAGAGCUCAUCGAUUUUUUAAGCCUGUUAACAGUGUGCUUCAUGAUGUCCAUGUAGUUUUAACAGGUUUACGGGCAAAGGAACCAGAAAAGAUGGGUUCAUCAGUUUUUAACUAUAAUGAUGCCUAUAAAAAGCUUGUGCCUUUCUUGUUCCAUCUGAAAAACGGGUCAAUUAGCCUGCCUAAUGUAUUCAUGGUGGUUUCAGAUGUGUCAAAAGCUUUUGACUCAGUUAAUCAUGAAAAAUUGCUCAGUGUGAUGAAGGAUGCCAUAUGUGAUGAUGAAUAUUAUCUGGAAAAGUUCACUCAAGUGGUUUGCACUGGUAAGUAUUUGAAGAUUGAGCCUCAUGUGAUGAUAGCACAUCAAGAUAUUCGCACUGCAUCUACAAGAAUGAGAUCAAGAAUUCAUGGCCAGUCAUUGGAUAGUAUUGUUCUUAAGAAGGACGCGAACAUGAAAAUUAGGAAGGAAGAAAUUCUUUCACUUUUGAAGGAGCACAUUACACGGAACAUGGUGCAGUUUAGGAACAAGUUUUAUCUUCAGCAAGUUGGUAUACCUCAAGGAAGUGUUCUGUCAGCUUUACUAUGUUCAUUGUAUUAUGAACACAUGGAAAGGAAUGUAAUUUUUCCAUUUCUCGAGAAAGCUAAUAGGAUCUUGUUGGCAAAACAACAUUCUUCUGAUGAUACUUCAGUCUCAGGGGAUAACCACAAAACUGAAAUAGCUGCUGCUGCACCUGGUUGUGAAUCUCUCCUGCUUAGGUUCAUUGAUGAUUUUCUUUUCAUAUCACCUUCAAAGAAGCAGGCGUCUAUGUUCUUCACCAGAAUGGAAAGAGGAGUUCAUGAUUAUAACUGCUGCAUGAAUAAGGGGAAGUAUGGUCUAAACUUCAUCAUGGAAAAUCAACACGGCCACCUGUCAAAUAGGGUGUAUACUGGCAAAGAUAAUAUCUCAUUUCUUUUUUGGAGUGGCCUCCUUGUCAACUGCUCCACAUUAGAAAUUCAAGCUGACUAUACAAGAUACUUGAAUCAUCAUAUGCGUUCAACUCUAACAGUAUCGUGUCAAGGCAAAGUGGGAAACAGCUUGAAGUCAAAGCUGAGAAAUUAUCUUAGGCCUAAAUGCCACCCUAUAUUCUAUGAUUCCAACAUCAAUUCUCCAGGGGUGGUUAGACUCAACAUCUAUCAAGCUUUUCUGCUUUGUGCUAUGAAAUUCAUUUGCCACCUCUCCAACUUGUCAAUUAUACCAAAAUUCCACCCCAAAUUCCUUCUCAAAGCUAUAGAGACAUCUCUGAGGUACAUGAACAGGCUAAUCAGGAGGAGGAUGUAUUCUUUCAAAGGUGCUGGUUUUCGUCCCAGGUACGAUGUGGGGAGGAAGGAUGUAAUCUGGUUGGGGUUAUACGCUUACAGCCGGGUGCUGCUGAAGAAGCACUUGCGGCACAAGAGUCUGCUUUUUCUGCUAAGGGCCAAGUUGAAGGCUUAUGGUGAGGUGGAGAACAUGUCACCUGAGUUGAAAUAUGCUGUUGAUGAUGUGCACUCUUCUGUGUUUUGGAGCAUCAAAUAUUGAUUUUGUGAUGCAUUAAAACUCAAAAGAUGUCAACUUUGGUGCAUCAAAUAUUGAUUUUGUUAUGCACUACACUCAAAAGAUGUCAACCUUGAGAUUGAAGAUUAGCAGUUGGAUUGAGAUGACUCUUAUUUAUAUUUUUGAUGCUACGAUAUUCUUUGUA